CGGCUGCGGCUCCGUGUCGGCGGGCGGAGCUGCAGCUGCGGAGGCCGGGCCUGCGGGGAGGCCGCGCCUCAGCGCCGCCAUGCCCAAGGUGGUGUCUCGCUCCGUCGUCUGCUCCGACACCCGUGACCGCGAGGAGUACGAUGAUGGGGAGAAGCCGCUGCACGUCUACUACUGCCUGUGCGGGCAGAUGGUGCUGGUGCUGGACUGCCAGCUGGAGAAGCUGCCGAUGCGGCCGCGGGACCGCGCCCGGGUGAUGGACGCUGCCAAACACGCCCACAAGUUCUGCAACGCGGAGGAGGAGGAGUGCGUCUUCCUGCGCAGACCAGAAGGCAUAGAGCGGCAGUUCAGAAAGAAGUGUGGCAAGUGUGGACUGCUGCUCUUUUAUCAACACCAACAGAAGAACGCUCCUGUGACGUUCAUUGUUGACGGUGCUGUGGUGAAAUUUGGACAGGGUUUUGGGAAAACAAACAUAUAUACUCAGAAACAAGAACCUCCCAAAAAGGUGAUGAUGACCAAACGGACCAAAGACAUGGGCAAGUUCAGUUCUGUCACCGUCUCCACAAUAGAUGAAGAGGAGGAAGAGAUUGAAGCGAGGGAGAUUGCAGACUCCUAUGCACAGAAUGCAAAAGUGAUUGAGAAGCAGCUAGAACGUAAAGGCAUGAGCAAAAGAAGGCUACAGGAGUUGGCUGAGUUGGAAGCCAAGAAAGCCAAGAUGAAAGGAACCCUCAUUGAUAACCAGUUCAAAUGACAUGCUGCACGUCUGUGUGUAUUUUGAGACAAGGCUACCAGAAGCUAUUGUAGAUCUGUCAACAAAACAGAAGUAACACACAUGUUCAAGGGUAACGUGCUGCAACCAGCUUGGGAGAUUAGUACCUCUGUCAGAAGUGAUACUCUGGUACCAGUUGUGUAACUGACGGCACAGGAGACUUUGCUGAAAUCAGUUUUCUACAGACCCAGAUUUAUGAGCAAGUGUUCCAGACAGACAUUUGCUUUCAGGAAAAGCUUCACUGGGUGCCUUCCUGAGCUCAGUGCACUUUAGAUACCUGUCUUUUUAUUUUGGCAGUUUUAAAAUGUGUAUGACUUCCAUAAAUGUAUUACAGCAGUCAAAUUGUUACAAAA